UUUUCAACAGUGAUGGAAAAACUGAUGAGGAAAAUGUCGAGUAGAAUAGAUGAUUCCCCAAUUGAGGAGGAUGGAGUAAGCCAUGAUCUCCAAAAUUUAAUUGCUCCAACUUCCUGGAACUCAAUCUCAACAAAAGCAGAAGGAAAUGGCAGUGAAAUAAAGCAGGAUGCAAGAGAUGGCAAGAAAGAGGACCAGGAGACUAAAGUUGUUCCAAUCUAUAAGCUGUUCUCCUUCUCGGAUUCAACUGAUAUUAUUUUGAUGACUCUGGGCACGGCUGGAGCAUUGGCAAAUGGAGCUACUAUGCCUCUUCUUACAGUCAUCGUGGGAAGUUUAAUCAACACUUUUGGAGAAGAUCCAGAUAUCGAUCAAGUGGUUCACAGAGUUUCCAAGGUAUGUCUAAACAUAGUCUACCUGGCAAUUGGCGCAGGUUUCUCAUCAUUUUUCCAGGUGUCUUGUUGGAUGGUCACUGGGGAACGGCAGGCGGCUAGAAUAAGGAAUUCGUACUUGAAAGCAUUAUUAAAGCAAGAAAUUGCAUUCUUUGACAAGGAAGGAAAUACAGGUGAAAUUGUAAGCAGGAUAUCUGGGGACACCGUCCUCAUUCAAGAUGCCAUGGGCGAAAAGGUUGGAAAGUUCAUUGGGCUAACAUCUACAUUCUUCACGGCCUUCAUCAUUGCAUUUGCUCAAGGGUGGCUUCUCACCCUGGUCAUGAUAUCCGUUAUUCCCAUAAUCGGACUUUGCAGUGUAAUCAUAUCAAAAGUUACAAUCAAGACAGCUUCAAUUGGACAAAACGCCAAUGCAGAAACAUCUAUAAUUGUACAGCAAACAAUAAGCUCAAUAAGAACUGUGGCUUCUUUUACUGGGGAAAAUCUAUCAGUGAAAAAUUUUGAAAAGACUCUAAAAAACGCCUACAAAUCCAGCAUUAAUGAGGGCAUUGUUGCUGGAUUCGGCUCUGGUAUUCUUACUUUUUUAUCCUACUGUGCACUUUCUUUGGGCUUUUGGUAUGGAGCAAAAUUGAUACUGCAAAGAGGCUACAAUGGUGGGAAAGUUAUUUCCAUUAUAUUUUCGGUCUUAUUUGGUUCCUCCUCUUUGGCUCAGGUAUCCCCGUGCAUGGCAGCAUUUGCUGCAGGACAAGCUGCGGCUUAUAAGAUGUUUGAGACUAUCAAUAGAAAGCCAGAAAUUGACGCGACUGACUCAACAGGAAAAACAUUGGAUGUUAUUGUUGGGAGCAUAGAGUUUAAAGAUGUUCAUUUUAGCUAUCCUUCCAGACCAGAACAGAAAAUAUUCACUGGAUUAUCACUUUUCAUUCAGCACGGCACAACAGUAGCAUUGGUUGGAGGGAGUGGAAGCGGGAAAUCAACAGUGAUCAGCCUAAUAGAACGGUUUUAUGAUCCACAAGAUGGUGUGGUUCUCAUUGAUGGCACAAAUAUUAAACAAUUCCAACUAAGAUGGCUCAGAGAGAAAAUUGGAUUGGUUAGCCAGGAGCCUAUCCUCUUUGGCUCAACCAUUGGAGAUAAUAUCACCUAUGGCAAAAACAAUGCAACAAUUGAAGAGAUCAAAGCUGCAACUGAACUAGCUAAUGCUUCAAAAUUCAUUAAUAUGAUGCCUCAGGGACUGGAUACCAUGGUUGGAGAGCAAGGUACUCAACUAUCAGGAGGUCAAAAGCAAAGGAUCUCCAUUGCUCGAGCUAUCUUGAAAGACCCAAGAAUAUUACUUCUAGAUGAAGCCACAAGUGCACUAGAUGUAGAAUCAGAGCAAGUUGUGCAAGAGGCAUUAGAUAGAGUCAUGAUAAAUCACACCACUGUUAUAAUUGCUCAUCGCCUUAGCACUGUAAGAAAUGCAGAUACCAUUGCUGUUAUGCACCAAGGUUCAAUUAUCGAAAAAGGUUCUCACUUAGAGCUACAAAAGGACCCAAUGGGAGCUUACAGCCAACUCAUUCGGUUACAAGAAAUGGACCAAAAUUUUAAUCAAUCAUCACAGGCUCAAACGGUGGAAGUUAUUCUUCCAGCCAUAGAAGUAUCAUCAUUGAGCAGGAAAGGUUCACUAAAACAAUCCAUUAGCAGAGAAUCAUCUUUGAGGGAUGUGAGCGGCCACUUAUUCUUCACGGAGCCUGCUUUGCCAGUUGAUCUAGGUUCACUAAAACAAUCCAUUAGCAGAGAAUCAUCUUUGAGGUAUGUGAGCGGCCAUUUAUUCUUCACGGAGCCUGCUUUGCCAGUUGCGAUCAACUGGCAAGAGAGUCCAUCAGGGGAACCAAAAGAAGAUAUUCCAUCUAAAAAGUCUAUAGAAGAAUCUAUACGCCGCCUUGCACAUAUUAACAAGCCAGAGGCCCUGAUUUUGCUUUUUGGUUCAGUAGCAGCAUUUUUCAAUGGGGUUUUAUACCCUGCUUAUGCAAUACUACUAUCUACUAUGAUAAGGACUUUCUACGAGGCACCACAUAAGCUUAAGAAAGAUUCUAUAUUUUGGUCAACUAUGUACUUGGUAUUUGGUGCAGUUGGUCUGGUGGCAAUUCCAAUAAGAUCAUACUUGUUUGCGAUUGCUGGGGCAAAGCUGAUUAGAAGGAUUAGAUUGAUGACAUUUCAGAAGGUGGUCAACAUGGAGAUAGCAUGGUUUGAUCAAAUUGAAAACUCCAGCGGGGCAAUUAGUGCAAGACUUUCAACAGAUGCCGUUGCUUUAAGAAGCCUUGUUGGUGAUGCACUAGCAGUACUUGUUCAGAAUAUUUCCACCUUAGUUUGUGGCUUGGCAGUUGCCUUUGUUGCAAGUUGGCAACUCACACUUAUUAUCUUAGCAUUAGUACCAAUAAUAAGUCUCAACGGAAUUGUUAGAAUGAAGUUUAACAAAGGAUUCAGUGCUAAUGCAGAGAAGAUGUACGAGGAAGCAAGUCAAGUGGCAAAUGAUGCAUUGGGAAGCAUGAGGACAAUCGCUUCAUUCUCAGCUGAGGAGAAGAUAAUGGAACUAUAUAAAAAGAAAUGCAAAGGCCCCAUUAAAGCAGGAAUCAAACAAGGAAUACUUAGCGGAAUGGCGUAUGGGGUUUCCUACCUAUUAGUAUUUUGUGUUUAUGCAGCCAUCUUUUAUGCUGGAUCUCACCUAGUUGGUGUCGGUAAGAUAACGUUUGACAAAGUAUUUCAGGCUUUUUUAGCCAUAGCUGUGGCAACUCUUGAAAUUGCUCAGUCAAGCUCUAAUAGGCCUGAUUCCAACAAAGCUAAACUUGUCAUGGGUUCUAUUUUUGCAAUUCUUGAUCGUCAAUCUCGAAUAGAUCCAAGUGAUGAAUCUGGCAUGAUUUUAAAUAUGAUCGAGGGAAAUAUCGAGUUCCGCCAUGUUAGUUUCAAGUAUCCCUCAAGGCCAAAUGUCCAAAUUUUUCGAGAUAUAUGCUUUGCCAUUCAAUCUGGAAAGACUAUUGCAUUUGUAGGGGAGAGUGGAAGUGGAAAAUCGACAGCAAUAGCACUACUACAAAGGUUUUAUGAUCCUGAUUCAGGACAUAUUCUCUUAGAUGGAAUAGAGCUGCAAAAGUUCCAAUUAAGUUGGUUGAGGAAACAGAUGGGAUUGGUGAGUCAAGAACCUAUGUUGUUUAAUAACACUAUCCGCUUCAACAUUGCGUAUGGGAAAGAAGAUAAGGCCAGCGAGGAUGAGAUUAUAGUUGCUGCUGAGUUGGCAAAUGCCCACAACUUCAUAUCAAGUUUAAAUCAGGGAUAUGAAACAAUAGUGGGUGAGCGAGGCAUCCAAAUAUCAGGCGGACAAAAACAAAGGUUGGCAAUCGCAAGAGCCAUAGUGAAACAGCCCAAGGUUUUGCUCCUGGAUGAGGCAACAAGUGCGUUGGAUUCAGAAUCUGAACGAAUCGUUCAAACAGCAUUAGAGCAAAUAAUGGUUAAUCGAACCACAGUUGUUGUUGCUCAUCGACUCACUACAAUCAAAAGUGCAGAUCUUAUUGCAGUGAUUAAAGAUGGGAUGAUUGUAGAACAAGGCAAACACGAUGCCCUUCUCAAUAUUAAGGAUGGAGUUUAUGCAUCCUUGGUCGCAAUUCACUCCACUACCUCUUCAUAGUUGCCCCUUCUUAAUGAGUUCUUAAUAUGCCAAUUUCAAUAAAUUGCACAUUUCUAUGCUGUUUCAUUAUUAGUUGGACAAAUAUGAAAACACACUAUUGUAAGGAAGAAAAGUAGUCCAUAUCAUGACCAUUAAUC